AUGGAGGACAUACAAGGAGUGCAAAAAGCAGAGCGACGCAUUCUGAAUGCGGCAUUCAACAGAUUCAUGGAACUAGAUGAAUCUGAUGAAGAAUACAAGGAGUUCAAAGAAUGGUUGGCAAAUCAAUCUCCUCAACCAGCUGCUUCCUCUCAGCCAGCUUCUUCAUCCCCAGCCGAGGUCGAAGAAGACUACAAGGAAUUCCAAGAUUUCAAGGAUUGGCUAGAAUCAGAGGAAUCUUCCCAACAAGCCUCGUCUUCUCAACCAUCUUCAUCCGAAGUCGAGCCGGAAGCUGAGGUCGACAAGAAGAAUGCUCAGAAUUGA